AUGGGUGAUGGUUGUGAGUUACCAUGUAAAUUUGGAAUACCAGAAAGAUCAGAUAAUGGCAACUGGUUUUGUCACUGCAAUGAGCCAUGUUACAAUGGUCUUGGAUGUGAUUUGCUGUGUUCUAAUCAGACUACAGCUCUAUGUAUAAAUGAUACUUGUGACUGUGGAUUUGAAGGUGGUAGAGGUGAAUUUUGUGAAGUUGGUGGAUGUCCUGGAGAACAAGGACUUGACUGCACAGGUCAUGGUGAAUGCAAUCUUGCCACUGGAAUUUGUUUUUGUGAUUCUGGCUGGGUCGGCCUUGGAUGUGAGAUUCCUGAUUGCCCUGGAACACCAGAUUGUAACGAGAGAGGUGUCUGUGACCCUAGUGAUCCAACAUAUUGUCGCAAUUGUACAGAUGGGUGGAUGGGAGCAGCAUGUGAAAUACCAUGUGUUUAUGGCAUCCAAGAUCCAAUGGAUUCUGGCAACUGUUCCUGUGAACCAUGCUAUCAUGGUGUUUCCUGUGACAUGAUGUGUGCCAGUGUUGGCAACUGCACUGAUGAUGGCUACUGUGUAUGCCCAUUUGAAGGUGGCAGAGGCACGUUUUGUGAUGAACCUGGAUGUCCAGGAUAUGGGGAGGAUUGUACUGGUCAUGGUACUUGUAUACUUGGACAAUGUUUGUGUAAUGAAGGCUGGGUUGGGAUUGGCUGUGAAGAACCUGAUUGUCCUGGUGAUCCUGACUGCAAUAAUAGAGGCAUAUGUUAUACAAGUACUGCUAUACCAGAGUGUCAGGAUUGCAUUGAAGGAUGGAUGGGCCCUGCUUGUGAGAUUCAGUGCGGACCCGAGCAUGGACAACAAGAUCCACCAAACAGUGGAACAUGUAAAUGUAAAAAUGAUUGCUGGCAUGGUAUAAGUUGUCAUGACUUCUGCAGUUCUAGAGGAGAGUGUGUCAAUGGCACAUGUGACUGUGCUCAUGAAGCUGGACUAAAUGCAGGAUGGUGGGGAAUGUACUGUCAUCAGUGUAUUUGCAACACUGGAUGGGUUGGCAGUGGAUGUCAUAUACCAGAUUGUCCUGGUGAACCAGACUGUAAUGCAAGGGGUACAUGUGACAGAAGCUAUGAUCCACCAACCUGUACCAAUUGUGAUGAUGGAUGGAUAGGUGCUGCAUGUGAAUUACCAUGUGUCAAUGGAACAGCACAGCCAGACUUCACUUGCUCAUGUCACCCAUGCUAUGGUGAUGCAGGAUUUAAUCAAGAAUGUAAUAACCAUGAUAGCUGCAUUUACAACAAUAACAGUAACCAGACAUGUGACUGUAACGUGGCAUGGUGGGGGGAUACAUGUACUGUUCGUGGUUGUCCAGGAGUUGGUGAAAGCUGUUCAAAGCAUGGUUUCUGUAAUUUCAAUGAUCAAGAGUGCUUUUGCUAUUCUGGAUGGAAAGGAAAUGAUUGUAAUACACCAGAUUGUCCUGGAACACCUGAUUGUAGUGAUAGCAGUAAUAUCUAA